AUGGUGGCGGCUAGUGCCAUGGUUGCUACCAGUAUGCUGCAUUUGAAAAGGAUAAGCUGCGGUGCCUUGCUGCUCUCGGUCAGCUGCUAUUUGCUUCUAGUUCUUGUUCUACUAGUCUUUCCGGAGCACAGGAUCAGCAUUUCGUCCGAUCUCAGGCGGCCGCUCUUAAACAACCUGGUACGAGACGAGGCCGGUGGCCAAGUCAGUUUCGACAGGUGCUGGGGGAAAAGAGUCUAUGUCUACAAUCUUCCAGCGCAGCUGAACGAGGGGCUGGUGAAGAAAUGCGACAAGCAACUGGUUUGUUGGCUAGACUUUUGCCGGCACCUUGAGAACUAUGGGUUUGGACAGGCAAUUGAUCGGAGCGCUGGCUGGUACGCUACCGAUGCUUACAUGCUGGAGGUGAUUUUCCACUCCAGGAUUCGCAACUAUUCUUGUCUGACGAACGACUCCAGUCGAGCAGACGCCUUGUUCGUCCCGUACUAUGCCGGCUUCGAUGCUCUUCAGUACCUUUACAGUGGCGGUUGUGUGAAGACAAUGCAAGACCGGCACGGGGUGGAGCUUGCAAAAUGGCUGGAAAAACAGGCUGGGGAUGCGUGGAAGAGGUGGAACGGGAGAGAUCACUUCAUGGUGAUGGGAAGGACUUCGUGGGACUUUGCGGUUGCUCGGGGAUCAUGGGGAACAGGGAUACAGGGACUGGAUCACGUAGCCAACAUGACGACCCUCUACAUCGAGAGGAACCCGUGGAAAGAGAACCAAGUUGCGGUGCCUUAUCCGACGUCCUUUCAUCCGUCCAACGCCACUCAGCUCAACGCCUGGAUCCGCACCGUGGCCACGUCGCGAAGAAAGUACCUGCUGUCAUUCUCGGGAGGGAUUCGAGCCACCAUGAAGGACGCGACGAGCGUGAGAAGCACUCUUCUCAGGCAGUGCCAGAAACGGGCGGAGCUGUGCGUCCAUGUCGACUGCGGAGGAUCGCUCAAGUGUGGUCACGAUCCCCGGCCGAGCGUGGCAAAGUUUCUCGAGUCGGAGUUUUGCUUGCAACCCAGGGGAGACACGGCCACCCGGAGGUCGGCAUUCGACGCCAUCAUCUCGGGGUGUAUACCGGUGUUCUUCCACCACGACUCGGCCUACUCGCAGUACGUGUGGCACCUUCCAUCGGAUCCUGGCAGCUACUCGGUGUUCAUCGCCGAGGAAUCCAUCACGGGUGGUGGCGUCGACGUGGUGGAGUUUUUGAGCUCUUUGCCCGGCGAGAGGAUCCUGGAGCUGAGAAGCAGCGUGGUUUCCUUGAUUCCCAGGUUGAUAUACCGAAUGCCUGGCGGAGAAAAUGGGAGUGGAUUCGAGGAUGCUUUCGACGUGAGCUUGAGGGAAGUGUUGCGUAGGAUUACAGGGCGAAAAGCUGGGAAUUAA